AUGAAGGAUUUGCUUUCUUGGGUUCGUUCAAAUGUGAUCAAAGAGAGGCCUGAGAUGUUCAUCAAGGGUGAUACUGUGUAUGUCUCUGCUUCUUUCAUCAGCUCAAUCUUUGAAGGUUUAAUGAUGAAUGUUUUAUUAACAUGGAAAAGGCGGUUCUUGUGCAGGAGACCUGGUGUUCUUGUGUUAGUGAAUGACUGUGAUUGGGAGCUAAGUGGUCAGCUUGAGACAACAAUCGAAGAAAAAGAUGUUAUUGUUUUCAUCUCGACAUUGCACGGUGGAUAG